AUGACGAUCCCGGACGAGGUUGAUAUCAUCAUAUGUGGUGGUGGGAGUGCAGGAUGCGUGCCGGCUGGCCGGCUGGCCAAUCUUGACCACAACCUCUCCGUUCUCUUGAUUGAAGCGGGAGAGAACAACUUGAACAACCCAUGGGUCUACCGACCCGGCAUCUAUCCUACAAACAUGAAGCUUGACUCAAAGACCGCAUCCUUCUACCACUCUCGUCCUUCUGAACAUCUCGAUGGACGACAAGCGAUUGUUCCAUGUGCCAAUAUUCUUGGUGGUGGAAGCUCGAUCAACUUUAUGCCUCUGACCCUUGUCAAGAUGUAUACCAGGGCGUCUGCUUCAGACUAUGACGAUUUCCAAGCCAAGGGCUGGACGACCAAGGAGCUCCUUCCUCUCAUGAGGAAAUAUGAGACCUACCAGCGGGCCUCAAGCAAUCGUGACCUGCACGGUUUCGACGGACCCAUCAAGGUGUCCUUCGGUAACUACACCUACCCGAUCAAGGAGGAUUUCCUUCGUGCUGCCGAAUCUCAGGAUAUCCCAGUCACGGACGACUUGCAGGACUUGACGACCGGACACGGAGCCGAACACUGGCUGAAGUGGAUCAACCGCGAUACCGGGAGGCGAAGCGAUGCCGCCCACGCGUAUGUCCACAGCACCCGCGCGAAACACUCUAACCUCCACCUUAAGUGCAACACCAAGGUUGCGCGCGUGAUCAUCGAAAAUGGCCGAGCUGUGGGUGUGGAAACCGUCCCGACCAAACCCCUAGGAGGAGGUGAGCCCGUUCGCAAGGUCUUCCGCGCCCGAAAGCAAAUUAUCAUCAGCGGAGGCACGCUCAGCUCGCCAUUGAUUCUUCAGCGAUCUGGAAUCGGCGAGCCCGAGAAGUUGCGUCGGGCUGGCGUCAAGCCCCUGGUGAAUCUCCCUGGCGUUGGUCGCAACUUCCAGGAUCAUUACCUCACUUUCUCUGUCUUCAGGGCCAAGCCGGACGUGGAGACAUUCGACGACUUCAUUCGGGGAGACCCAAAGGUGCAGGAGAAAGUAUUCGAAGAGUGGAAUCUCAAGGGAACUGGCCCCCUGGCGACUAAUGGCAUCGACGCUGGCGUGAAGAUUCGCCCGACGGAGGAAGAGCUGAGUGAGAUGAAGAAGUGGCCAACUCCGGAAUUCGACAGCGGAUGGCACUCUUACUUCAAGAACAAGCCCGAUAAGCCGGUCAUGCACUAUUCGGUCAUCUCAGGAUGGUUCGGAGAUCAUAUGCACAUGCCCCCGGGCAAAUUCUUCACCAUGUUCCACUUCCUGGAAUACCCGUUCUCACGCGGCUCGACCCACAUCAAGUCAGCCGAUCCCUACGAAACACCUGAUUUCGAUGCAGGAUUCAUGAACGAUAAACGGGACAUGGCGCCCAUGGUCUGGGGCUACAUUAAAUCCCGCGAGACCGCACGACGCAUGAAUGCCUACGCCGGCGAAGUGACAGGAAUGCACCCCCACUUUGCAUACAAUUCGCCCGCUCGAGCACUUGACCUCGAUCUUGCAACUACCAAAGCUGAUUCAAAGUCUCACGCAAGCACACCAGGUUCUUGGUCGCAGCCCCUUGAGGUUGGAAAACCAGCUAAAUCCACUUCUCUCAACUCGAAUAAGGUGGAAGCUCGCGACGACCUCGAAUACAGCAAGGAGGAUAUCGCACAUAUUGAAAAAUGGGUUCAACGCCAUGUUGAAACCACUUGGCACUCGCUCGGAACAUGCAGCAUGGCCCCUCGCGAGGGAAGCUCCAUCGCUCCCCACGGCGGCGUUGUUGAUGAGCGCUUGAACGUUCAUGGCGUGAAGGGCCUCAAGGUCUGCGAUUUAUCCAUCUGCCCCGACAAUGUGGGUUGCAACACUUUCAGUACUGCUCUCCUCAUUGGCGAGAAAUGUGCUGUUCUCACUGCAGAGGACCUCGGCUAUUCCGGCGCCGCUUUGGAUAUGAAGGUGCCCACUUACCACGCCCCAGGCGAGUUCGCCAAUCUGUCCCGUCUUUGA